AUGAACGAGGUGAUACUAGCGACGGCUGGAUACGACCACAAGAUUCACUUCUGGGAGCCUCCCUCGGGAGAGUGCCGAAGCACGCUGCGGUUCAGCGACAGCCAGGUGAACAGCCUCAAGAUCACGCCUGACAAGCAGUACCUAGCGGCCGCGGGCAACCCCCACGUGCGUCUCUUCGAGAUCAACAGCCAGACCGCGAGCGCUCUCCGCUCGUACGACGGGCACGCCACGAACGUCACCGAUGUCGGUUUCCAAAAAGACGCGAAAUGGAUGUACACGGGAUCAGAGGACGGUGCCAUUAAGAUCUGGGACCUACGAGCGCCUUCCUGCCAGCGUAACUACGACGUGGGAUCUGCGGUCACGACGGUGGCGUUGCAUCCGAACCAGGCGGAGCUCAUCUCUGGCGAUAUCGACGGCAAGAUCAAGGUCUGGGACCUCACCGCCAACAAGUCCCACGAAAUUGCCACGGACGGGAAGAACCACCCCAUCCAGAGCUUGUCCAUGGCAACAAACGCCUCCGUUCUCGUGGGUGCCAACAACAAGGGGACCGUCUUCGUAUUCUCCCCGGGGGGUGACACGAAGAGCUUCAAGAAGACCAACGAGAUCAAGGCGCACGACACGUACCUGCUCAAGUGCGUGCUCAGCCCGAACGUCGAGAAGCUGGUGACGACCUCAGCAGACAAGACAGUCAAGGUCUGGGAUACCAAGACAUGGACACAACAACGAACCCUCGCACAACACCAACGCUGGGUCUGGGACGCCGUCUUCUCCGCGGACUCGUACUACAUCAUCACGGCGUCUUCCGAUCAGAGCGCCAAACUCUGGGAUGUGCGAAGCGGGAGCUGCAUAUUGUCGUACAUGAAGCACGACAAUGCAGUCACCUGCGUGGCGCUCAACGACACCACCCCGUCGUAGUGGGUAGUACUCGUAUCUGCGUUCGAAGCGACGGUGCCCCUCUUCGCAGAGGAAAAAUUGUAAGAAUGAGGCGUGGUCGUGGCGUGCCUAGUAACACUAUUAUAGUUCUUCGUGUGGAUGAGUACGAUUAAUAUGGUGGCCGUGAUUUUGUGCGAGGGUAAUGCUGUCAGUGAAUGAUAUAGAAACACAUCAUUCCUUGAGUGCAAUCCUUUGUUUUGUCGUUUCAUUUUGUGUUUCCGAAAUGUAUAUCUUGGCUCCUCUUCUUGUGUUUGUCAUUGUAACAGACGUCAUCGACGAUCCCCUCGAGUUUGACCAAUCAAGGAGCAACCAGGGGGGGGCGUGGUAGUGUUAGCGUUACGCCAAGUUGCCAUGCCGCUUGCACAUCCUUCGAUCGGCGCUGGUGAGCAUUCAGAUCCUUCGAAACUCGAAGAUAGAUCCCGUUAUGUAUGUCCAGUCCAUAGUGUUUCCAAGAGAAUAUUUUUGACCGAUUGGAAAGAAUGCCGUCGUUCAGAAAAAUUGACCAACACUAUGGGUCCCUAAUACCGCUGCUUGGGAUUAUUAAUACCUUCAUUGAGGGGGGUACGGGCACCCCCAACGGUAUUUCUAUCGUAGUAGCGUUUUUGCGAUGGGUUGCAUGGGGCUUGGGGAGUAAGCUAGGACGGAUGCGCAGUUAACGGAUAUAUUCCGAGAUGGUGUGAUGUGACUUCCACGGCGGCGGUGUCAUGCUAAUUUGGCAGGGAUGGGUGGUGACCGAGUCUUCGUAAGUUUGUUGGAUCGAUGUGUCGUUCGGGAGAAAGAAAUGUUCGUUCGUGUUACAGUAGUUGUGGGGGCGUGUAACCAUCGGAUAGUAUUGUGUUGUGGCAGCUGGAUGCAGCAGUAUUUUGGUGUUAGUCUUGGUACUCACUAGUCGUUUUGUGCGGGUGACAUGGCUCACGAUGUUGCCCCAGACAUUGUACAAGCGAACAUGCUGAUUUUGGUACCGCAAAAAAAGUGUCCAGCAUGCAGCGAGUCUCAGCUGUACAUUCAGCCGAUAUGAUAUCGAUCAUUGAUUGGUAGCCUAACCUAGCCUUUAGCUACUGAGCACCCCAGGCUUGGCCAAAACUACCGGUUCGAAGAACUACUUCUGAUUGGUGGGGCUGGCUACUGCUGACGUUUGUUUGUAAAAAUAGCCGAAAGGUCGGUCGGUCGUCGUCUGUU